UCGCUCUCAUUCCCCUCGCUCACACACUCAGGCAGCAUCCUCCCCUCUCCACUUCUACCUUCACACUCACCUCUUCACGCCUCCCUCUCAGCUCCUCUCGCCACCUUCCUUUUUCCGUCACCUACUAACACAUAUCAUCCCUCGCAUCUCCCCCGUCUGCUGCCUAUCUCGCUCUCCUCCAUCUCUUCCCAUUCCUCCCUCCUUCUCACUCACUCACUCAACCUUGCGGUCUUGCCAAACGCACGCAUACACACACUCAUGCUGAUUGGCACCCAAGGACAGAGCACCCUCUCCCCAAAACCGGCGUCCAGGCGGUUCGAUCUUGUGGGCAGCACGCUUCUUGACACUGAGCUCAGCUGAGGAAGAGGACCAGGAAGAGGCCAUGGAGCACAGCCACUUCCCUGUUUUUUCCCCAAACGGGAGCACCUGGAGCACGGGGCAGAAUCCCUCUGAGGCUGCCCAGGGAUGCCCUCUCGGACCACUACCCGUCAUCUACUAUAGUGUCCUGCUCUGUCUUGGCCUACCAGCUAACAUCCUGACCGUGGUAAUCCUGUCCCAGCUGGUGCUGCGUCGUCAGAAGUCCUCCUACAAUUAUCUCCUGGCUCUGGCCGCCGCCGACAUCCUCGUUCUGUUCCUCAUUGUUUUUGUUGACUUUAUAUUGGAGGAUUUUAUUUUGGCAGCGCCGCUGCCUCCGUCAUUAAAUAACGCAGUUCAGGUGCUGGAGUUUUCCUCCAUCCACACCUCCAUCUGGAUCACCGUGCCUCUUACCAUUGAUCGUUACAUCGCUGUUUGUCAUCCUCUUCGCUACCACACGGUCUCCUACCCAGCCCGCACACGCAGAGUGAUAUUCACCGUCUACGUUGGAUGCUUGCUCUCUGCAGCUCCCUACUACUGGUGGCCUGAGUUUUGGCACAGCCUUCAUGGACUGGGUAGUAGUGAUCGAGGAGGGGGCGGAAGAGAAGGAGGAGGAGGAGGAGAAGAGGGCGACAAAAGAACAGUGGCCCAGCACGUCCUUGUGUGGGCCCACUGUGCCACCGUGUACCUCCUACCCUGCACGGUCUUCUUCUCCCUCAACGCCGUCAUUGUGCGUAAGCUGCGCAGACGCCGUAGCUGUUUCCGUCUGCGUGGUUAUUCAACCGGCAAGACCACCGCCAUCCUCCUCGCCAUCACCUCCAUUUUUGCUGUUCUGUGGGCACCGCGCACCCUCGUGAUCCUCUACCACUUCUACUCGUCUCCCCCGGCAUCACAAACUGCCAGCCGUCUGCUCCACGUACUCACAGAUCUGGCAAACAUGCUAGCGCUGCUCAACACCGGGAUCAACUUCUUCCUCUACUGUUUCAUCAGCAAGCGUUUCCGGAGCAUGGCAGCCAAUGUGCUGCGAGCCUUGGUCCACUGCCGGAAGCAGCCGCCGCCAUUCUACGCCAGCCACAACUUCUCCAUCACAAGCAGUCCCUGGAUCUCACCAGCCAACUCCCACUGCAUCAAGAUGCUGGUGUACCAGUAUGACAAAAAUGGGAAGCCCAUCUGCAUUUCCUCUUGAGCUCUUAGCCACAAGUAGCUUCCCCUACCCUCAAUCACUGGAGGGAUGGGGCAGUGGGUGUAUUCAGGCUUGUCUCGAUUGUGACCAGCUUUGCCUGUAUCUUUUAAGGCUUGAAAAUGUCAAAACACCUAGUGAGCAAACGGUUCAACUACCUUUGAGCAAAGCAAGGUGGAAAAACAACCAGCAAGGCUUCUGAUGUUCAAAAAAGUAUUCACAAAGCAGUGACCAGCACUGAAUAGGUGUUGAUGGUUUCCUUCAUGCAAAAAAAAUAAAUCUACUGUUAGUAACUGAUGGCUGUAGACUGAUAAAAAGACAUCACCACCAUCUAGCACUCAGUAUGAGCCACCAUUUGUAACAUAUAAACUGACAAAACUAUAAACAAGCCCUCGGUGGGGCGUCAAACUUACUGCGGGCCCUGCUGCACGCUGCUGAUGAAGAGCUUCGAACAGCUGUGUCUUUUGCUGCUGGGAGUCAUUUCCAAAAGGCAAAGUUCCAGUAAGAGUGCGGGCACUAAACAUCUCACCUCGAGGGGUGAUUCACUCAGGCAGAGCCACUGACAGUGUGCCCACUGCCCCACGGUCCUCACGCUCUUUCUCAAGCAAUGUAAAACAGCGCUGUCAUUUCCAGUUUAAUACGCAAAAGAGUCUCAACGGCAUGUUAAGUAGGGCUUUCAUAAAACGAGAAGCCCUCCCCUGACUUUCCCUUGCGUGUGCUGAGUUCACCCUAGCAGUGCAGGUCACCUCCAAGUCGGCGCUCGCUGUGGAAGAUCGAGUCAUCCAACGUCCAAGCUCGACUGUUGUGGGCUGAAUAGGCACUCUGCUUAUUGUUGGUAAACUAUUUAUGUGAUGGUAGAUAUGACUGUUAUUGUAGCUUUGCAAAAAAAAAAAAGAUAAAAAAAAUAUGACUUGGAGUUGGUGUGGUGCCAAGGUGUCAUUUUAUGUAGUAAUCCCUUCUCCAGUAUUAGGAUGAGGAAAUUUCUGCUGUAAGUAGAUAGUCCUCUUUAACUAUUAAUGGUCCUCGGUGACUUACUGUUAGCCAUUAACCGGAAGAAUAUAAUGAAUGUAGCUGAACAUCUCUUUAACCCUUUAUCUUUGUAAGAGACUGAGAAAGAGAGGAAGAUAGAGAGGACAGAAAAAGCUGCUCCAUUUGUUUGUUUGGGGGGGUUUUGCCCUCCAUCCAAAGUUUUUUUGUUUUUUUGCUCCCGUGAUGCAGCAGUGAAUUUGGUCUAAAGGCCAAGGUGACACAGCUCAGCUCUGCUCUUUCUGCUGCUGGGCAAUGGCACUUCUGUUACAUUUUAUACAGAAAUAUAGUCACGUACAUCAACUCUGUCACAGUAUUGCCUGGUAACAAACCAUAAAUGAGAACACACACAUAUACACACACACACACACAAACCCUGUACUGUAUUGCCCACAGACGGAGCGCAUUGAGAUCAAUGCACAUCCAUUCUGCAGACACCUUGGGGCAUUAGAAGUGUUCAUCUAUCUAGUGAGAAUGGAGCUGUGCCAAAGGGCAGAUUUCUGUUAAUACCUGCCUGGAAGGGAUGACACACCUCACGUCUUUCUUUCUGUAAGGCUUUAAAUCUGAUGAAUGUGAGGUGUGUCUGUCAUAGCUGAUAAAGUCGUGCCCUCCAAACUCUUGUUAGACACUGUCUGAGACACUUCAGGGCGUGACUGCCUGCAUGUCGUUUCUUUGCUUGCACUUUAGAAGCCAUUAGAGCAAAAACUGACUGCUAACAACCCUAAAACACAGUGAUUAAGUAUUUAUAUAUAUAUAUAUGUAUUGCAGAUCGCUUUCCCUUCUUCUUUGUACCCUGAUAAUUGACAUAAAUAAGACAAAUGUUUAAACAGCCUGUUUUCAUUCCCAACUCAUUACAUACAAAUGUUUUGCCCAGACUCCUAGGUGUCGUGAUUUGCAUACGUGCUGGGGUGUCUUAUAAUCUUCAACAGGCUCCUAAAUGACUGAAACUGACACAGAGAGACAGCAGGCAAAUUUGCUCUGCUGGUGAUAUGACUUUUGCAUGAUGCAGAAGAAGAGUUUGAGACCAAUCCGUGACCCCCUAACCCCAGCAACUACUAGUCACCAGAAAAAAAAAAGGUCUGUGAAAUCGAUAGCUAAACCCCUGUCAUACAGCCUUAGGGAUGAGUCGGUGAGUUACUAGGGAAAAAUGUGUAUUCCAUAGUUAACCAGUGGUUGCUGGCAGUCGCUGGGUGAAACUGGUCACAGAGAGGUAUAUCCGAUCGCUUUGGUCGCUAACAGAUUGUUUCAGUUGCCUAGGGUGACCAUGUUUUGAUUUCCAAAAAAGAGGACACUUGGCCCAGUCAUGAAGAACUUUAAUAUUACUGUUUGCAUAAAGAAAGAUGUUUAACACAUUUAAACGAUGCCUUCUCUGUGUUAAUGAAUGGUGAAAUAAAUAAUGUCACUUGUAGGCUUUUACAAGCCAACAAGUGCAAAAAAAUAACUUAAAAGCCUCUGGAAUUAAAUAAUGAUACAGAAUUGAUGCCUCAUCUGUAUAAGAAAAGUAGUAGUUAGCAAGAGUUUGCAUCUUUUAUGCAAACUUCAGACAGCUGCAGCAACCUGCUAUUGACCAAAGGAACCACAAAGAGGUGUUUGGUGCAUCAUCCUUUUGAUAACCGAUUUCACCUUGCAAAGGUCAGCAAGCGCUUACCAACCAUUCAGGGAAUGCAUGUUUUCCCUAGCAACCAGACGUUACCAGAGGGUCUUUAUGUGUCAUUGAGGCCUUAUGGACCACCUAACUAAAUUAUGC